AGUCCAAAAGUUAAAUUUAGAAUGUGAGUUUUCUUUAAAAUCUAUACUCGAAAUGCUUCGAAAUGGAAAACGACAGAAAAUGUAUCAAUUUAGUAAUCCGUCCAAAAGUUAUUUAUAAGAUGUUGACACUAUUUCAAACUUUCAAAGGGCAUUCUACCUUGUGUUUCUUAUCUUUUGGAAUCAAAUGGAAUUAAUGCUUAAAUUUGAGGGUUCUUUGAUGCCAAAAAUGUUUACCAUUAAAAUGAACAUAAUCAACUAACAUUGAUAUUAAACUGGAGAGAAAUAAGGUUUCCGUCAUCGAAUUGUUUUACGAUAUAAGCCUCGUUUGCCAAAUCAACAAUGACUUAUUUAUGGCUUUGAUAACCCAAUCCAUUUCAAACUCCAGUAGGUUUCGCACAGUCUGUCAUUGCUAUUAACUUGGUAUAUCAAUCACUAUGUUAAAUUAUCGGAAAAAAAACCAAUCAAAAUCGUUUUUAACCAUUGAGAAAAACCCGAACAGUACAAAUUUGAAAGCAACUAAAAUUCCCAUUCGACCAUAAGCCCGACAUUCAAAAUUUCUGUCGUAAUUGCAAUGUCCCUGGAGAUGUCAACGUUUUUAGGAGGAGCUCGUCGCAAUCCGCCGGAUCGCACGAAGGGAUUAAGGCCAAAGCCCGCAGCUGGGGAGGAUCGGAGCUCUGGAGAGGUGGGAGGAUCGGGAGCAGCAACUGCAGCUGCUGCAUCUACUGCAGCUGCAACCAGACGCAUUCGCAGGCCACCGGAAAGUGGUUCAAGUGCGGCAAGUACUUCCGCAGGAGCAACGCAGACACCAAGAACUGCGAAUGCCAGUGGAGCAGUGCCCAAGAGGGGAGCCACUGGUGGUGGUGGUUGGGGUCCAACCAGGGUGUUCCAAUCCACGGCCACAUCCACUCUGCGUAGAUCUCAAGCGACGCCUGCUCCUUCGAAGCUGCCCGUUCCCAUUCGCCGGUUGAACGAAGUCAAGUGGAUCAUGAUGCCGUCGCAGAGCUUCGUGCAGUGCAGCGAGUCCUCCUCCGAGGAGAGUAUUCCCGAGCAGGCGGCGGAUCCUCAGAAGCAGCGGGAUAAACAGGAUUCAACUGCGGAGAGCAGCAGCAGCAGCAAAAGAAGCAGCAGCAGCAGCGAUCGCCUGUCAAAGUUGCAGGGAGUGGUGGCCAGACCAAAGGCUCCUCCGCGAUCCUCGCGGAUGUUCUGUGUGCCCAGCCAGCGGAUCAUGCGAGUGGAGGAGCUGAAGCAGGCCCAGCUGCUCCAGAUGCAUCCGCGCAAGGCGAAGAGACAGUCCUCCCACCGACCAGCCAGCGGAUCGCCCACUCUGCUGUCCGUGAAGAGGUCGCCCAGUCGCUUCUUCAGUCUGGUUCCCUGUCCACUGGUUCCCGCUUCCCACUUGCCACUCGCCGCGGAUCUGAACGCCAAAGCUGAGACCCCGGAAUCCCCGCCAGAAGUGACCGCCUCGGGACUCAUUUCCUGCGCUCCCAGUCCGGCUGGAGGCAGUCCCAAUCCCAGCCAGAGUCGCUGCGGCAACCCGAGCGUGACCCUCAGCUGGGGGACCAGCUACUGCAGCCUGAAGAGCCUGCCGAAGGAGCCCAGUUCGGUUACUUCGAGGGAUUCCUAUCCCAGCAGCAGCAACAGCAGCUUGAGCACGAGUGGCAGCGAGUGCAGGAGUGCCGAUCGCACCUCCACCUCGGAGCGGGUGCGUCGAGCCAUCCGGAGGAGCAGGGGUGGCUCCAGCAGCAAGGCCAUCAAGCUCACCUCCACGGUGAUCAAGAUCAUGCCCGCCACUCAUCCGUCGAAGGAGCAGAGGAAGCCCAAGGAGAAGGAGAAGGAGAAGGAGGAGGCGAAGCGAGGACAGGAGGAAACGAGACUGGCCAUGAAUGCACCCAUGGUGCAAUCGAUUGCUCCACCCAAGUUCGCACCGAAGGUUAAGGUUUCCAGUCCGAUCAGUCAGUCGGUCAACCAUGCGGUCAACCAGCUGACGGCCCAGCUCAAGGAGGCGGCCAUGGUCCGCUCCAAGGAGGAAGCCGAACCGAAGCCACCGAAGAAGGAUCCAAAUGCGUACCAGGCCUGGACAGCGAAGGCUCCCCUGCGGAAACCCUCCAUCUAUCUCAUCAUGGAGCAGCAGAAGGAUCAGUCGGCGGCCUCGGCGACCAAGCAGGCCAAGGAUGCGUGGGUCAUUCAGCCGAUGGAGCAACCCACAGAGCCUCCUGCCAGUCGGCCAAAGGAUCCCGCAGUCCAACAGCAGACCAAUCCCUACAUGAACGAAUCCAAGGAGGGGCACAACCUAAGCCGAUACGUAAGGACACCUGGAACCAGCCAAGGCAUCAACUCCCCACGGAAUCCGCUGAUGGACAAGUACAUUCCGUCGCAGAGGAUUCCAUCCCGAGGUUCGUUGAAACCCCAAUAUGGAGGCUCCUCGAACAAUCCGUACAUGAGUGCUCCAGCCACGAUUCAGCCGCUCCAGCGAUUGCCGCUUCCCGCCAAGAAGACUCUCCCAGUUUCCCUGAACAGGAUCACCAAGCCAUCCAGUCCGCCUGCCAGACCACCGGUUCUGCCUCCCUCGACUCCGCGGGAAAGCCAGCAAUCGGAAUCCCCAAUCGGCGGGAAGAUCGUGAGGAAGGCGCAGCACAAGGUGCCGCGCACCAUGGAGGACGGCAUCGACAUGAGCUACCAGUACUUCGUCUCCAUUCCGCUGAAGCGCGGCAGGAAGCCGCAGGUGGUGCGGUACCUCUACCGCCCGAUGGUGCGCCAACUGAAUGCACCACCUUCCUCUCCCAGUCGCCGGUCCGCGAGGCGAGCCAAGAAGCGAGCAGCGGCAGCUGGCGGAGAUGGUCAACACCAGACAGCCGGAGGGGGAGGUGGAUCCCAUGCGGAACAGGUGGAUCCGGAUCUGCAAGCUCUGGGCGGAGUGCCGCUGCCACUGGAGGAUCCAUCCCGGCCAGAACCCCUGAACGGGGAUCCGGAUGCCCUGCUCAAUGCUCCGUACGAGAUGCCGCCCCUCAAGCUGGACGCCCGCUACAAGCCGAUGAUGGACGAGCUGGCCCAGAUGCCGUUUCCCGAGGAGCGAUCCCUUCGCCAUCGUCGUCGUGGCCGCUCCAAUCGCCGAGCACGCGCCGCCGGAGGAGCCGAGCCGGAGGCUCCCUCGAUCAGCUUGGCCACUGGAGGCGGCGACGCCGUCCGGCGGAAUGAGCUCCGCUCUUCGGGGAGGCUAUCCGCCAUCUGGUCGUCGGGUGGCCGGCUGCCGACGCUGGUCGACUAUCUGCCGCAGGCCAAGCGCCUGAGAACGGCCACCGGAGCUCCGAUAUCGUACCAUGCUCCCGUCCAGAUCCGUCACCUCAAGGAGCUCGACGACGACAACGACCAGGACUUUGUGCUGCCCGGCGAACCGAUGAUCGAGGCCGUCAGGUACGAGGAUAUCGAACCGGAGGAGCCAAAGGAACCCAAGGAGGAGCAACUGGAGCCACUGGAGCAACUGGAGCAGAAGGAUGGGAAAGAUAACCCACUGCUGCAGAGGAGCAGCACUGAUCCCCUAGAGAAGCGCAGGAAGAAGGCCUCUGCCGUCGGGAAGUCGGUGAGCUUCCAUCCCGGCGACGUGGAAGUGAUUGCCAAUCCGCCCAAGAGCAGCAGUUCCAUCAGCCUGACCUCGAGCAGCAGCGGCGGAAAGACCAAGGCCAAAGGACGACCCGCCAAGCGGAAGAGCAAGUCCAAGUCCAAGGGAAGGGCCAAGAACCGCAGAUGAAAGGAGAUGCAUGGAGCCAGGAAUAAGAUGGAUAGGGUGAAGGAUGGAGUGCGGGAAUCUCUGGCAUUUAUAUAGCACCACUAGGAUUACUGGGACCAUUUCAUUUUUGGCAACUUUUUUUAAAAUUAUUGUACAAAUAAUUCGUAGCAAUCGCAGGGGAAAUUCCUUUGCCGAAUAAAGUUUUCGUGAGAAUAAGUAUUUAA